AUGCAGUGUGUGUGGACGUGGUGGGCUGUCGCCGUGCUGCUGGCGUCGCUUUCCGCUGUUUCUACUGGUCAAGAUGCCUCGGUAUCAUCUGGAACUGCUGCUAUUGUCCCCUCGAGUCGUCGGGUGGCUCCUGUCACGGAAGCUUCGGAGCAGAUCGCAGUCGGGACUUGUGGUCCCCGUCUGCGCAAGUCGUGGGACAUGCUGCGCCCCGUUGAGAAAGAGGUGUACCUGCGUGCGAUUGAAAAGUCCAUGGACGACGGCUACUACAUCAAGUUUGUCGAGAUCCACACGGAGCAAAUGACGACGGCAGAGGCGCACAACACGUGCAUGUUUGUCUACUGGCACCGCUUGUUGCUCUUGGGUUUUGAAAACAUGCUGCGGAGCUACGGUGGCGAGUUUGCGUGCAUCACAGUGCCGUACUGGAACUACGUGGACGACAACCAGCGCUACAUGAUGGGCGCGUGUCGAAGCAUGGAGGAGUGUUCGCCGCUCUUGCGCGAGUUUGGCGGAUCGCGCCGAGGCACCGAUGGGUCGAUCAACAUCAACGGAUCCCCUAUCAGUGGCACGUGCGUCGUGACGCCGCCUUUGAAUCACUUUUGCGAAGCGACGCACCUCAGCAGCGAGGAUUGCGCACACUGUGUACCCCGAGGCGACUGGCUAGGCUCUCCCUUCCCACCAACCACGACAGUGAGCUCACUUGCGCGCCAGCUUUUCGCGACGCCAACCAUUGCUGGUGUCGUGGCCAAUUUGGAGCUGGGCAUUCAUAAUACUAUCCACAGCGCUCUCUCAGGAGCGAUGGGCGUUUUGGAAGCCCCAGCCGAUCCGAUUUUUUUCUCGCACCAUUCGACGAUCGACCUGCUUCAUUCAAUCUACUACAAGUGCGUAGUUGGCAACACAGUUUCGAUUCCGCUGGAGCAGAAGCUAAGAGACCCUCGGGUGUUUACCGAAUGUCCGCGACGUCAGCCACUUCCGGUGAACGCGAGGGAUCAAAACAUUUUGUCUCCGCAAUCAAGUGCCUUGCUACGGACGGGCGAAGAAGGAGUGAACCCAAUGUCAGUGUUCUCGCGGAACAACAUGCUGGCCCCGUUUUUCUCCUCUCUCCCGUCGGAGUACCUGAGUUUCUCGGACAUUCGCGACAUUGGUGUUUUCAGCUACAAUUACGAGAUGACGGGGCUGCUUGCCGAAAUGUUUACUUCGUGCCCCGGUGCGGAUGCCGCACCGAAUGUCGCUCGCUCGCCAUUCCGUAACCUGGCAAGUUCUGCCAACGCCACAGAGGACAAGCCAAAGUUUGUCGAAGCAGUUAUUGUUCCCAGCAACAAGACGGUGGACAACUGGUACAGCGAGGCGCUAGCUGCAGCAUCAAACCGUUCGUCGAUUGAGACUGUGAUGACGGAGGCUUCGCAAGACUCACUUGAGGCGAUCCGAGAUGUCGAAAAGAUGACUUGCGUGUUUUACGAUGAGUGCCGUGACGGUGUGCACGACUUUAGUGACAACUUCCGUCACAGCUUCCAUGCGAGCGGCUCGUCGCCGUGCACCACCAUUCUCGCCGACAUCAAGAGUGGUCGUGAUCACAUUCGGACGCCUAACUGGCGCUCCAUCUUUUUCCGUCACAUGAAGUGUGAUCGCGGAACUUCGUGA